AUGAAUUGCAAUACAACUGGCAUCACGGCCCUCGAGAUACUGGUCUCCUCCAUCCAGACUUCCGAGAACGUUACGGAUGCCAACAUGCAGAACAACGCCACAACAACAUCCUACCUCGAUAACAUAACGCUCCAGUUCUUCAUCACAGCCAAGAAUCGAGACUGGGACAACCCCAUUGUGACUCAAAUUCUCUUCUCCAACAUUCGCAGCGAGAUUCAAGGGCCCAACAUCACAGCGUGCGGAAUCGCAGAGCAUACCGAACUCGUCAAGCAAACGGUGGACAGCGGCACGUGGCAAGUCCAUCCAACAGAUGGGGUAUACUUCUGUCUGGGUGCUCUUUCGGGUUGA